GAAAAGUCCGGGCUUGGAGGUGGGAUGGGUGUUCCUAAGUUCUUUAGAUGGAUUAGUGCUCGCUACCCUUGCAUCAACCAGAUUUUGCGGCCAGGAGAGGUUGGUACUGUCUAGGAAUUUAUUUUCUAUUAUAUUUCUUAAAAUAUUGACACUACAACAAAGCCACAUACAAUAAAUUUUAUUGUAACUAAUUAGUUACAAUAAAAUUUAUAAGCUAGCAUUUACUUCAUACUACACUGACAAACCAUACCAGCCUCAAUUUAGGAGUUUAUCAGACUACUUCGGAUUCCUGAAAACACAAAACUGAGUUAGUUAUAGUGAUAAAUGUUGAUGUGAGGUAAAUGUAUUUUAUCAGAGCUAAAAAUACUGCAUUUUAACUUUUACCUGUGAAUGGUUAAGCUCAAAAACUAUAAAUAGUUAGCCUCUGUUUAUUUAGUAACGAAGGUACCAGAUUACACAUUGUUCAAAUCACUGAUGGUAUAUGAUGCACUCAUCAGGUGGAUAGCCUUGAGGUGGGAUUUUAGGUGGAAAUUGAGUCGUUUAGUGAAAAUUUAGUUCGUUGUGGACAAACUUGCUUGCAGCAUUUAUUAUAAAUACCAAACCGCCACCCAUCGGACACAAGAAGACAGAGACUUUUUAAUUGAUCAUCCAGAAGCUUGUAAAUAAACAGUUAUUUGCUAUACAUUGACAGCACUUCAACUAAAUCAACAGUCCAAUUAAACAAAGCAAUUCAGAUACGUGUUAAAAAAAUUGCUAAGUCUCAUUUGUUAUUUCACCCACUCUAGGAGCGUCAGAGGGAACAUCCAUUUCUCGAAACGGAAUAAAUUAAAUUUUCAACUUCCUUUCGGGUAUUUGGGUAACAUGCCUUAACUUCUCAGUAAGGUUGUUUGUUAGUCAAAAACACGAUCCUAUACUAUUAGAGUUUUGUUAUCAUCCUGGGAGUUGAGGACAGAUAAUGGAAUACAUACAAUCUUCAAGGUCGAUUUAUGUGAAUCAUUCAAUAAUCUGUUUGAUGGAAUGCUACUUAUGGUUCUUCUUGGUAAAGUGUGGACUCAAUUUCUUUUGCUGGAGUGAUCGUCAGUUGGUCAACAGUUUUCUACUGACAGUGACAACAUUCAUUAUCAAUAAUACUUGUCAUAUGCAUUAUUGGGAAACAAAUUAGUCCGUCCAUAACGGGCUAAUGGUUUACGUUAUUUCAUCACAUGGGGCCUCAUAGGUAUACAUUUUAUAUUCACUACCGUUUAUUACCUAUAUUUCCUUAAUGGGUGUAUUAUCCUCUAUUCUUAAAGAUCCCUGUCAUCGAUCACUUUUAUUUGGACAUGAAUGGCAUACUUCACACUUGUUCACACCCAGAAGGUGGUAAAAUAAUCUUUUCGGAAGAGAUUAUAUUCCGAAAUAUUUGUCUAUAUAUUCAAGUAAAGUUGGCGCGCAUCUAGUAAACGAUUUUUUCAGUUCUUGUUCAACCUCAUUAAGCCACGUAAGACUUUCUUUUUGGCCGUGGAUGGUGUUGCCCCUAGAGCUAAAAUGACGCAGCAACGUGCUCGCCGUUUCCAAUCUGCUUUAGAGGCUCGUAUUGCCAAAGAGAAUUUAAAAGAUAAUUCACCUGAGACCCACUCUUUCGACCCGUGUGUGAUUUCUCCAGGUAUGUAAUUCUGUAAUUGGAUUACUUUGAGUAAGUUGUUAUGUAAAAAUAAACAAAAGUAUGUUUAAGUCUCAUAACGACUUUAUCAGAACGUUGGCUCAAGAUUUAUGUUUAAUUUAUGGUGGAAGUAACAUUUUACCAUUUACUAUUAACUUCUUUGCUGUUAUGUUCUGCAGACCACGUUAAUUAAGUCGUGAUAUUGAAAGUCAUCCAUUUGUCGGAAUAUUAGUGAACGUUAGUUUCAUUAAUGAAUUGUCGAUAUUUUGUUUUAGUUUAACAUUCAUGUUUAAUCCUUAUAGGUAAGGGAACCAUCUAAAUUAGUAUUCUUUGAAGUGUAUCAACGGUUUCUGUAAGCGAAACUAAAGAACCAGAUGUUGGUUUUUGAUGGGAAACCAACCGUAUUAUAUUGUCAUUAUAGAUAAAAUGAAGGUCGUGUUUGUUCUUAUGUCAGUGGUGUACUUAAAACGUACCAUCAGUUCGGUACCUUACAGAGUUAAUAUCAUAAUCAUGAUGACAACAGUCAAUAAAUAAGAAAACGGGGAUGGUGUAAAUAAAAGACAUGAUAUUCAUAAUCUAAAAGAUAAAGAGUAUCACAUAAGACUUUAAACUGCUAGUUUCAAUUCUCUUACUAUAAAACAGACUGGAGAUAAGUGAGUCAGUAAAUUACUAUCAUCCUUAGUGGAGAAAUGUAAAAUGAAUGCUUCCGUGCACAUAUGCUGAACACUUUAACACUGGAAAGCAAACAUCGACAUCAUAAACUUGAUAAUGACGUGUCUGGUAGGUUGUCAGUUUUGUUUUCAGAAUUACAAAUUAGAGGUGUUGAUUUGUGAUGUAGAUGUUUAGUUUGUUAGAUAAAAAGCUGAUCAAUUCAAAAUGUAAGAUUAUGCAGUGCGAUAGGUGCUAAUAAGAUGAUGUCUCUUAUUUUGUCACUCUCACUGUUAGUCCCCAACAAUAAUGUGUCGAAGUGCUGAUUACAAAACCACAUUCACAUUUUCUUUAUUCUUGUGACAAAAUGAAACUUGUUUAGCAAUCUCAAAUAUUAUUUAAAGUUAUGUACUGUAUGGUCUGUUAACAUCUGAUAUUAUCCGGAGGUUAGUGGACGUCCAGUGAAUUUAGGACUUUGAAUGUCUAUUAACUGUUUGUCAGUUCUGAAAACAUCGAGUUAAUUAUUUUCAAUUCCAAUAGAUCGCAUUUGAUAUUUAUGUGGAAACCACCCAUGAAAAUACGGCCUAUUACUCGUUAAAUACUUACCACUGUUGUUUGUAAGAAAAAUGUAAAUUUUUGUGUUUUGGAUCUGACAUUGGUGAAAUUGGAAAUGUUCGGCUACUUUUUAUUGUUAUCCAAUGUUCCCAGCGUGGGAGUUGCCGGGGAAACAGUUGAUUGGUGUUGUUUUACUUUGAAAUCAAUACAAAUUAUACUCACUGAAAAAGUCUGGAUGUGACUGUGGCUAUUGAAGAAGUAAAAGCCUUUGGUAUCGUAAUGACUAAAUCAUAUACAUAAUCGAAACAAACUAUUUCUUUAUUUUUAGCAGCUAUGAUAAUGCGAUGAAAUGUUUUUGUGAGACAUAGUUACUUAAAAACAUCUACCCAGUGAUUUUGAACGAACGUUUUCAAAUUACGUCAAGGAAGAUGUGUAAGUACAGCAAUUAUCACAGUCUUAGUUUUUACGUGGAAGGUCAUAAUUUUUACCCGAAUCAUGGAACUCUUUUAAUGUAUUGUCCUCAGUUACUGACAAAAGAACAGGGAUAUCUUGUCUACAUAGUUGGACCAUACAUUUAAAAAUAAGAGCUUUAUCAUUUGAUGUUAGAUUGUACUACAUUGUUGUAUAUAUAAAUCCUUGGACAAAGAAUCCCGCUUAAUUAGAUUUUGUCGUUCUAAACUUAAAUUUCACAAAGUAAGCAUUGGUAUACAUUAGAAUUGGGAUUACCAUUUUUACUUCUUAUUUUUAGGUACUGAAUUCAUGGAGCGGUUACAUCGUCAUCUUGUUAUAUUUGUAGAAAAUCAUGUAAAUCAUGAUACUGAUUGGCAAUGUAUUGAUGUCAUUUUAUCUGGACAUGAUUGUCCUGGAGAAGGCGAACACAAAAUUCGGGAGUAUAUGGCAUAUCGUCGUGGUCUACCAAAUUAUCGUUCUAAUGAGCGUCAUUGUAUAUACGGAAUGGACGCUGACUUGAUAUUUUUGGGUUUGACGACUCAUGAAAUCAACAUUUGUAUCUUGCGUGAGAACGUUGUUAAAGCCCAAAAUUGUUCGGCUGAUAAUAAACCUUUCUGUAUUACUUAUUUGUCGGUUCUUCGGGAGUAUAUUGAUUUGGAAUUUACAGAAUUAAAGAAGACAUUACCGUUUCCUUAUGAUUUGGAACGCCUGAUUGAUGAUUGGGUUUUUAUGGCUUUUCUAUUGGGAAAUGAUUUCAUACCUCACAUACCUAAUUUGCAUAUACAUGCGGAGUCUUUGUUAACUGUCUGGGAUACAUAUCAAGUUGUAUUACCGAAAUUGGACGGUUAUCUUGUGGAGUUUGGAUAUUUAAAUCUUCCACGAUUUCAUAAGUAUCUGGAAGAACUUUCUCAGUUUGAGCGUGAUUGGUUCGAAGAACGUGAAGCAGCUUUCCAUUGGAUGCGAGGAAAACAAGGUGCUCGUAUGGCAAAUGAACUAGAAAAACUCGGUUUAUCAUCUGAGGAUAAUCAGAUGCCAUCUCACAAACCUCUCAGUUCAAAAGGAAAACGUUUCCCCGAAAUGAAUAAAAGUAGUUUAUUAGAUAGGAAAGAUGAUUUCGAUCAAUUGACUGAUUUUAUAGAUUUGUUCGCACCUCGAUCUGAUUGUCAAUAUGAUAAUGUUAUGUUAGAUGAAGCCGCUGAAUUAAUGGAAGAAGGUGUUGUUGUUUCAUUAAGGACACAUGAUGAUAAAGUUAAGCAGUUAUAUAAUAAAAGUGAUCUUUCCAAUGGAAUUCCCCAUAACAAUACACAUAACACAAUGGGCGAUAAUCAUGAUCAUGAGGAUAAUAUAGAUGAUGAAACAGAAGAGGAAAUAGAAGACGAGAAUGUCACCUACGUUGAAAGUGAUACCGAUCUAGAUGAAGAUUUAUUAGUUUAUAAAAUGCAUCGACGUGAUUACUAUUCGUCGAAACUUGGUAUACAACUCGAUGAGAUGUCAGGUGAUCUUGGUGAAAAUUCCACAUUAAUGUCUUUAAUUCAAGAUUAUAUCCGAAUGCUACAAUGGAUUUUGAAUUAUUACUUUCUAAAUGUGGCUGAUUGGGAUUUUUUCUAUGCUUAUCACUAUGCACCAUUUGUGCAUGAUCUUAUUUUAUAUACAAAAAAAUUUGAGAAUUAUCAGAAUUUCAAUGGUAUUAAGUUGUCUUGGACAAACUUUCAAACAAAUUCACAACCAGUUUUACCGUUUGUUCAACAAUUAAUGAUAUUACCAUCAGAUUCAGCUUAUAUAGUUCCAGCACCUUAUUGGGAAUUAAUGAUCUCUCCAUCUUCUCCAUUAGCUGAAUUCUUUCCUAGAGAAUUCGAAACUGAUAUAAAUGGGAAAAUAGCAUCAUGGGAGGCUGUAGUGUUAAUUCCGUUUUUGGAUCAGCAACUUCUCAUAAAUGCAAUGAAGGAUGGAAACACUAAACUAACUGAACAAGAAAAACAACGCAACCAACAUAAAUCUCAUUUGUUUUAUCGUGCUUGUCCAAUUGGACGUGUAAAAUCUCCCGUAGAAUUAAUUAAUUAUGAUUUUUAUCGUAAAUCUGUUAAUUGUGGUGAAUCAGAAUUAAGUCAGUUUUAUGCUUCAAUCACUAGAUCUGUUGUUGAUGAUUUUCCAAGUUUGUCGAGACUACCGUUUACUCAUAAAAUUCAAAGAAUACCGGUUCAUGUUUUUGAACGCCCUAGUAAAUUAGAUAGUAUGGCGUUAACAAUGAAACCUCAUCCAGAAUUUUCAAAAUAUGAUAGCCUUGGUCAGUUAGCUGAAAGUAUUCUUGGGCGUCCUAUUCGUGUUCGUUGGCCAUUCUGUGCUACAGUGAUGCCUGUUCGAUUGAUGAGCACUAGCGAAAUCUGGGAACUAGUGGAUUUUAAUGUAGAACCGAUAAUUAAAUCUUCAAGCGAUUUGUCCACCGAAUCUCUGCGCUAUCGUCCACUUUUAUCGUCUGAAGAUAAUAAUCAUGAAUUGGAUUGGAUAAAUAGUCAACUGUCAAGUUUAAAACACCAUUUUGAAAAACGUCGAGCAAUUUUGUUUGGUGACAAAAGUGAUAAUAACGAUAGUGAUGAGCUAGAUGCUCAUGUGAGUUUGAUACCAUCGUCAGUUCUAGUUUUUUCUCGUCCAUUAGAUGGUUGGUCUGUAGUGCCUGUACGUGCAAAUGAUUCGGAUCGUUUUACUCUUAUACCGAAUUUUGUUCGUUCGCGUGCUCAAAAUGGUGAUGAUUUAGAAAUGUCUAGUGCUCCAUUUGCAUCUUCAUUUAUUCAAUCAGAAAAUAUGAUUGACUUAUCCGGGAAGCGAGAUAAAAAACAAAAAACACUUGUCGAAAAACCUUCAUUGAGUAUAGAACCUGCUUAUGGUCUAUCGGAUGGUUUGAAUCUAGACUUAUUAGAUGUCCUAUUACCUGGUAUACCUCCACCACCGUCAAUUGGUUGUGUUGAAGUUGACUGGGGUUAUAAUAAAACAAUUUCACUCCAUACAAUAUUUCAUCCUGGUAAAAUAGUGUUUAGUUUAGCCAAAGAAAGUUAUGGAUCAGUGGGUGAAAUUAUUGGAGUUGAUCAAAAGAAAGGUAAAGUUAUGGUACGUUUCUAUCCUGAUGUCUCGUCAUCAACUGACUUAACGGAAUUUUGUAGUCAGGUUGAAGAAUGGGAACAUGAUAAUUUUUAUACAAAUAUCAUGGUUGCAGAUCAAUUAAGUGUCCCAGUAUUUGUAGUGAAUCGGUUUACUGGCAGUUUGAUGGUUCAAAUUACUUCUGAAUCUCGUUCAUCAUUUGGAGAUAAUGAUGACAUUGUUGAUAAACGUAAUCAAUACCCUGAAACAUCAACUGAUGACAAUGCAGAAAAUAAUAUGGAAAAGAAAAAGUGUGGACAGAAAUCAUUUGCUAAUAUUGGUUUAAACCUAAAACGGAAUCGUUCUGGUGCUCAGGUUUUAGGUUGGUCACGUUUUUGUACUGUUCGUCAUACAUGGUUAUUUUCUAAUAGAACUGUUGAUUUACUCAAGAAAUUCAGUGAGAAAUUUCCACGUGUUUGGGAAAAAGUUUUAAAGUCGUCAGAUUCAUCUACAAAAAAUAAUGCAUGCAUAAAACUUGAUUCGAAAGAAGUUGACGAGAUUAUGGAAUUUAUUGCUAAUUCUGAAUGUAGAAAUGCUCCAGUUUUACCACAGAAAGGUAUCUACUUAGAUAAGGAAUGGUUGCAAAAAUUAACAUCAUUAUAUCUUAAAGAUAUGGAUGAAACUGUAUAUAAACCGUUUGAUCGUCAGAUUUGGAAUAAAAAAUCUCCAGUAAAUUGUCCACCGACAACUUUGUUUGUUUCAGUGAAUUCAGAUACAAGAAUAUAUCCAUCAUCUUAUAAUUUAUCACCACUCGAUCGUUGUUAUUAUUCAUCAAAUUACUCGUCAGUGUUUAGUUCAUUCACAUUAUUGGAUAAAGUUGUUUAUAUUGGGAUAGGACAAAAUAUUCCAUUGGGAUUACAUGGGAUUGUUAUUGGUGUACCAUCUGGUGUAAGCUCUCAAAAGAGUGAACAAUUGGUGGAGAUCAUGUUUUGCCGAACAUUCACUGAUGCCAUAGAUAUUAGAGGAUCAGGCCCUGUUUGUGCACUGGUGCAUCCAUCGAUGUUACUGAGACUACCAGAGAAAUGUGAUGAUAAACAUCAGUCAAUCUCCCAGCCGAAAUUAACUAGGCCAGUUUCGAAACCUGUUCAAGUUUCAUGGGUUACUAAAGGACCUCCACGUAAUUACCGUCCAUGGCCAACUAAUAAUAAAUUUGAUCAAAAUGCCUCUCAUAAAAAGAAAAUGGAUGAUUCCAAUCAUAGUAAUAUAUCAAAGGCUAAUCCCGUUCAUCCAUGGAAUUCAUCUAAAUUGAAAACUAAACAAAAACAACCGCCACAACAACAACAGUUGCAACAACAAAAUAUUAAGCCUGCUAAAAACCUAUCUUCUACGGGAAAAGAUACGAUAAACAAGACAAUGCAAGAACUGGAUCGUCGACCGCACUAUAUUGAUACAUAUUCCACUUUGCCUACUCUACAGAAUAAAUUUAACCGUUCCCGAAGCAUAAGUGAUCUUAAUACAUGUCUAGAUGAUAACAACGAUAAUGUAAGUCGAUCUAAUUUAUCACAUGAUGCAGAACAUAAUUCGCAUUUUUGGACUAUGCCAAGCCCACCGGACGUACCUCUCCCUCCAUCUUAUUGGUCUAAUAUUAGCAAGCCUAUACAUGACUUGAAAUUAAAUAAUAAAACUAAAAAUGAUAAAGAAAAGAACCCACGGAGUAGGAACGAAAAAAGUACUGGUUUGUUUAAGAUUAAAUCUCGUUCUGGUAAUUCUGCAGAACGUAAUCAAAGAAAUUCUAUCACUCGUUCUAAUAAUCGUCCACGGUUAAACCACAAUAGUGAGGUUUCUCAGGAAGCACCAACUCCAGUCAUGCCGAAACAAACACCAAUGCCCGUUUUUGUAAGACAAAAUCUUAAUGGACCUCCAAACAUGGGUCAGUAUCCUCCUCUUAACCAAAUGCAACCUCAAUUGCAAUCUGCAUAUCAACCACUUCCACUUCUGCAGUUUCAACGGGUAAUGCCAUCUACAGUAUACCCGAUUAAAAUGAUGACUCCGUACCUCUAUGAUCAAAGAAUGCCUAAUUCUUCUUAUAUUUCAUAUCCUUCCUAUUCCACUUCGCCUAUUUAUCCACCUAACUUUAUAAAUCGUGCACCUAUUCCUCAGUUUCCAUUAAUGUCGAAUCUUAAUGCUCAGGUUUAUAACUCUACAAUGAACUACGAGAAUACUCACCGGUUUAACAACCCGCUAAUGCAAUCAUAUGGUGAGAGAAACAGACAGGAUUCCUUUCGUCCUCCUGUUAAACAGGAUCUACCGUCUAACCGAUCAACUACACCUCAUCAUAAUGCUAAUCAGUCAAGACGUUUUAUUCCUCCUCAGGUUUCACGAACGCGGCGACCUUAAAUUGGGAAAACAUUGCUUUUCCUAAAGACAAUCAAUUUUAAUUGCUCGCUCUUUUAAGAAAAAGUCAUUUGUUUCUUUUCCAAACUUUUCCCAGAACAUUUGUUGUUUAGAUUCCCUUAAAAUGUAUUUAAAUGUUUAUCGAAUUGGGACUGAUACAAUGUAUUCGAUAAUGACUGCUUUUUUACGGGUUGGUUUUCAUCUUUUCAAAAUUCUUUGAUUGUUUGUUUAUUAAUUAUAUUUGUAUAACAUCUUUUUCUAACAACUAAUAUAAAAGACUUAAUUGAAAUACAUGUUCAACUUCAUAAAUGUUAUCCUUUCGAAUGUAUGGAGACGAUUUCAUGAUGUCUUCUGUGCUGUAAUGGACAUGGCUCAGAAUCGAUCACAAUGGCGUCGGUGUAUACACUCUGUCUUCCUUAAAACUAAGAGAUUAAAAUCACUUCAUAUCUUUCUACGAAUUAAUUAUCUCUUCCUGUACUAUCUCCUUAUAUGCAAUCUUUGUUCUAUAUAUUACCACCACUGAAUUAACUACUUCUAUGAAUCCGGUGUUCAUCUCACUGUGCUAAUGCGGUAUGCCAACUUGAACCGAUGCAUAUAUGUGCCUGGUCCUACGUUGCAGCUGACUGACUGUAAUGGACUGAUAUCAUACGAAUGAUCCUUACUUCAUUCGACAACCACCAAAUCUAAUUUAGCAAAUAAUGAUACUGUUAUUUUCUAUGUAAAUUGAACACACAAAUUAACAACUUAGUACACAAAUAACAACAAGUUUGCUUAUACUAAACACAUUGCCAGUUGUUAAACUAUUUAAGAACUUCUUACAGACAAUAAAUGGUAAUUUUUUACGUUC